AGAUCGCUCCGUUGGUGAAAAAAUAGAAGUCCACUACGCUCCUACUGCGCAGACUCAAACGCCGAGGAAAUCGACAGCCAGGUCUCCCCUCUCACAGAGGAUACCAAGUCUUCUUACAAAGGUACAAAAAACAAUAAUCUUUUGUUCAUCACUGCUCUUUUCACUGGUCAUGAUUUAAGUUAAUCUCUCUUUUGUUCAGUGUGUGUUUUUAGAUACCGAGCGUGCUUUCCUUUCUUUCCUGUCUUAUAGUUCUGUUGUUAUGCUAACCGGUAGAAGCUAGCUCAUCUAAGCUAGCUUAGAUCACCAAGUAGUAGUUAGCCACCGGCCACCUUUCUCUGAAGCUAAGGCCAGCUUUUGUUUCAGCGGCACCUCCACUUCCUCUGUGUUUGCCUCGGACUAAAAGUGAAUCGACAUCCGCGCUUUAAGGAACAAUAUAAAGCUGCAUACAAGAAACGUCUGAGGUCUGAUGAAUAAGUAAAGAGCCCUAGGGUGACUGUACUGCUUUGAAUGACAGAUGAAGAAGAGAGCUGCAUUAAAAGCUGGAUGUAGGGUCUGAGACCUUUGAUACUGCGCCACCCUGCUGUUCACCUCAACUCUGUGGCUGAGCAGCGUUUUUGUUUUUUAUAGUCGCGGGUAAUUCAAUCGAUACGGCAUAUUUCAUCAUGCUAGACGAUCAAAAGUCAAUUUACACGCAUGAGCAAACAAGAUCAAAAUCCGAUUCAGAGAUAGAUUAAAAAAAAUGGGGAACUGAGUGCAUUGGUGAUACUCUACAUUGAGUAAAAUAAUACUCUGCUCUACAUGGUAAUAAGUAGGAGUGCACCGAUCGCAAUUUUCUGGCCGAUCACCGGCCAUACCGAUUUUAGCCGAUACCUCUUUCUUUUUAUAACUGACAACAUACACCUUCAAUACUCCCAUCUUAUUCUAAUGAAAAACAUUAAACAAUACUUGUGGAACAAUACAAACCUUUUGUGUUUGUUUUAGCUGCACAUGUGGUAGUUCUCUCAAGUACAAAUAAAAAGUUAAGAAUAUCGCAGUCCUAACUACUGAAUUAUAUCAGUUCCUUUAGUCUUUUAUUUUCCACAUUUAAAAAAUUAACAUUACUUGUGCAACAGGUCACACUGCAGGCCAGUUUUAGCCUCUCGCCAAAAUAAAGUGCACAGCAGUAUUUUGCUUUUACAAAUAAAGGAAAUCACAAAGUUUGACGAAGUUAGUAAAAUAGUAAUCUAGAGAAUAAACUUAACUGGUGGGCGGGCCUUUAAUUCUGGUAAAGCAAGAAGCUUCAACGGCUGACUUUCAGACCUUUGCUGAGGUAGAUAAGAUCGGUGGACAAAAUCGGUUUAUGUGCAAGGAUCAGCCGAUCACUGAUCCCCCAAAAUUGAGGAAAUGGCGCCGAUCGAUCGGCCAGCUGAUUUAUCGGUGCAUGUUAAGCAACAAGUCUUUCCUCAGGUCAGUACUAGGUGACCUGCAACAGCUUAUAUAUUAAUCUUUUGGUCAUGGACAUAUAAGGGAAAAAAGAUAAAGCAGUCCAUCAAAGUCUUCCUGUAAGCUAUAAAAAGGAAAAUCAGGACUAAGUCAGGCAAAAUUAAUGUAGUGUAUCAGGUGUGCUUAUAAGUCCUUAUUAUGGUAUGUUGUUUGAUGUUACUGAAUCGUCUUUUCAGUGAAGUAUGUUGCGCCCUGCACUGCAGGCCAGUCUGAUGUUCUUAAGGUUAAUGCUAUUACAGCUGGGAUCAAGCUUAACUCACUUUAAGCUUCAAUUGAUCACUCUUCCAGAUAAAACUACAACAGUGUAGAAAAAAAAAGACAUUGUAAUAUGUUUUCUUUUUGCAUCAUUUAUCGUGGUAUAAGAACAAAAGGGGAAUCAAGCCAUAUGAAUCAAGUGUUUUAUUUACAUCUAAAUGAUAAUUGACGAUUGUCUCUUUUAUAAUAAUCUACUAUUAGUAGGGCUGGGCGAUAAAACAAUAAUGAUAUAUAUCGGAAAAAAAAUCCCUCAAUAUCAAUAUAAAACAGGGUCAAUUUGCUUUUCAAUAGUUGGCAUUUUGCCAUUUUUAGAACCAAGUAGCAAACAACUGCGUAGUAGCAGGCUGCAGCUACAUGCAACCAUAGCACUUCAACACGUGAAGCCGACAGAACUGUCGGUGAGAAAAAAAAAAAGAGCUACCCCCGUCAGAAAUGCAGAUAAAAGCUCAACAGGUGAUGACAUUGAUGACAACACUGGCACGAAAACGUCAGUGAAAAUGUCACAGAUGCAGUAGCUUAUUGUAUUUCAAAAGACAUGCUACCAAUAAGCACUCUUAAAUUAGCAUUUUUUUUAUAUCGUGAUAUUGAUAUCGACCAUAUCGCCCAGCCCUAAUUAUGAGUCUCUGUUACGGUAACAAAACAAAGCUUAUCUUGUGUUUACCAGGCUUUUUUCAGCCUUUUACCCACAAAUCUGGCAUUAGGCCUACGCAUGCACAUGAUUAAAGAAGUGAUCUUUCUGUGUCUAUCCUCUGUUCUUUAUGUGUUACUCAUUAUCUGUGUUUGCAACAUAUUCCUCCUGAAUUCAACAUAGAAUUUAAAAAAAGAGCAUUUUUAAUCACUUGAUUAUCACCAACUAAUCUGCAGUAGGUUGGCAGCUUUCUCAAGGUUCAUUUGACUGAAUCAAAACUGUGUAAAAGCAUGACCAUUAUACCCAAGUCCCCAUCUGAUGAGUAAAAUGUGCAUGCUGAGUGAGAUAAUACUGAUUGUGUAGACAGUAGAUUACAUGAUUUCUUAAUUUACUACGUUGAAUUACAAAUUUCGCAGAGUGCAAAUGCAAAUCUUGUGAUUCUAUGUUAUAUUUAGAAUAUAAUGUGCAGCCCCACUUUGGAGUUCAAAGAAUCGUGCAUGUACCCAUCAUUAACCAUCAAUAAGCUUUCCACAGAACGCCCUCUCUGUUGUUUUCUGUUGGUACAAUGCAAAAAUGAGAACCUGAGCAAAAAGCAGGAACUUCACACAUUAAUGCAUAAAUGGUCUUUUGACUCGGUGUGUUUCAGCCUUUUCUUCUCUUGUUAUCCCGAGGGUGGAUAUAAAAUUGAUAUUAUUCUUUUUUUGUGAAAUAUUUCUGUGCUUUUUUUGUCUUUUGCAUCAGCUCUUAGGAGCUCAAAACCACCAGUAAAACUGUAUAAGCACCGGGUUGACGGGACCGAAGGAAGUGGCGCGUCGUACGGGGAGCUACCUGCUGACAUCGCCAUGAGCUACAAACCUAUCGCUCCUGCACCUUCUGGCUCCAACCACACACCUCCAGGUUUGAACCGUACACUUAACUUUAGGCUUGCAGUUAUCAGAUAUUCUUAUUUGAGGAAAUGUUAAAGCAAACAUUUCUUGAUAUGAGUUUAUUUGUCUAGCUGUGGCUCAUGUGUGUUAAACCUGACAGUGAGCUACACAACAUCUCACAGACAUUAAAAUACAGUGUUUCAGAGGGGAGCUGCUUUCUUUUUUGUUAACGUUGGUUUGUAAUCUCCAUCUUCCUCCUCUGUCCAGGCUCUUCUGUGCCGUCCCCAUCUCUGCCCUCAUCCUCAAACUUUAGGCCAGCUUUCAGUGAUUUUGGCCCGCCCUCCAUGGGCUUUGUUCAGGUAUGUUCGCUGCACAAGCAUUCUCACAAAUGUAUUGAUCUUGACAUUUAUUAUAGUCAUAAAAUACAUGUAAAAAUUCACUGGUUAUGAAAAAACUGCCUGACUGCGUUUUCUUAUGUGAGCCUCUUCAGGCGCUCUCUUAUUUGGCUGAAGUGAUUGAAAACCUGCAGAGCGAAUGAGUAAAUAUUGUUCCACAACUUUAAAACCUCCUUUGUUAAAUUACGGGAAUGUAAUUUUAUACCAACACUUCAUCCAUGGUGAGCAGAACAUACCCCUGGCUGUUGUUUUGAGAGUAGAUCAUUAAACUCUAGCACAUUUUAUCACAUCAGGUGAACUUAGCGGGAACCUUUCUUCUCAGAAAGCUUGUUAACUUAACACUGUUUAUGAGUAUGUUUGUUCAUUUGUAAACAUAACAACCAAAUAGGGUCAACCAGUUGAAAUAAAGCAGAAUUGAUAUUAAAAACUGCUUCUUAUGGGGCACCUGCAGACCUGUGAAGGAUGUGGAGUUUGCUUAGUGGGCGGUGGUUUGAAGUUGACAUCAAUCUAAAGAAAACUCAUUUUCACAUUAAAACAUUUAUUAGUUUAAAAGUUGACUGAGCCUAAUAGAAUUUAGGGUGGCAAUAUAACCAACGCUAGUUUAUAUAAACAUAAAUCAAAAUAUUUUCAAUAGAUACGCCACUACACUUCUUAAAUCAUUUUAAGACGCUAUGUUAUUGUGUAUCUUUGAAAAUUAGGAAACUCCGGCUGUGUUCUCUUCUAGGUUUUUCACAUCUGGUUAUUAUUUGAAAAGGUCAACGUUAAUGAUUGUUCCUUGAUCUUACUUAUAUUGUUAAUUUCCAGGAUGUGAAAGUCAUGACUAAUCUUGUUUUAUCUUCAUGAUUGACAGCCAGUCAAAGUGUCUCAAGGGUCCACCUACAGCGAGCUUUUGUCCGUCAUCGAAGAAAUGAGCCGCGAGAUCAGGCCUACAUACGCGGGAAGUAAGAGCGCCAUGGAGAGGCUAAAGAGAGGUACAUUUUACUCUUUCAUUAGACACACCACUAUAGCAGAAGCUGUGGUGUGUGUGCGCGUGUGUCCUGAGUAGUUAUUAAAGUGCAGAAUGUGUUGUUCUCUCUCUGUACUUUUUGUUUUUUUAUAAUGUAAAAUAAGGAUUGAUGACCUCAGUCCUGGGCUAAUGGGAAUAAGAUAGAUAAGCUUUUUGGCUCUUUGUUGAAGACAAAUUCACGUCGAGUUCUUCCUGAGGUAUGUUCACCCCAUUGAACAACAAAAGAGUUACAAGGUACAGCUAAUCUUUCAUCGUGGGGCCAUUGUUUAUUUUUCCCUUAUCAGUUUUUCUUUGUUUUCAAAUAUUUUUGAUGUUAAUUCUUGUGCUCUAGUACAAUUGCACAACUAAGGAGAUAUAACUCUUUGGCUGAGGAAUACAAGGAAACAUAAUUGUGUACGUAAAUCUACAUAACAUUUCAAUACUUGGUGCCAUUCAAACACUUUGCCCUUUGUUAUUUUUGCCAGCAAAUUUGCUUUAUUCAGCUUGUGGGUGAGAAAGGCAUCAUCACUUUAUAUUAUUCAUGUACUGAAUUUUGUUAUAUAGAGUGAGAAUAAAUGAAAGUGUGGUAAGUUCUGUGUUAAACAUUGAUUAAUGUCGCUAUUGUGUUCUUAUUCAGACAGUGUUGAAGUAUAUUGGACAUCGGACAAUAAGUGAGAAACAGUUUAAUCUAAAUUCAAGAGUUGAAAAGAUGCAGCCUGAGUUAAUAUUGAGUGUUUCUACCAUCAGCUUCUGCCUUUUAAAUGUGCUUCAAAGAUGAAAUGAUCAUCGCUUUUCUCCUUUUUUGUGUUCUGAAGGUUGACAAAAGGAUAUAUGGAAUUAAUUGACUUGGUAGAAUGAAAUUAAAUAACCUCAGCAACUGCAGUAGCUGUGAUGUUCAUUUAAAAGCGCAGACAGGUCGCUGAAACCUAAUUUUGCCUCAAACUUGAUCCACAGCUCUGUUAUUAUCUCAGCAGUAAUGACAGUCUUGGAUCCAUUAGACGUGAAGUUGACUCAGGAAGACGGCAGAAAUUGCUUGCAAUUAUUUUUGCAAUUUUAAUUCGAUUGUUAAUGUCAAAAUGGUGAUCUAACACCUUCUUGCUCUCUGUUUGUCACACUCAGGUAUAAUCCAUGCCCGUGCACUGGUCAGGGAGUGUCUCGCAGAGACUGAGAGAAGUGCCCGCACAUAACCCCGUAGAAAGACCCCCUCACUCCUCACUCUUCUCCCUGUGGAGCCUGAAACAGGACCGUCAGUUUUACAACUGUUUUUUAUCCUUCCCCUCUUUCCUCCUGGCUUUUUUAUAUGUGCAUUUUGUCCUCCUUCCAUCUCGGUUCCUGCAUUCCACCACACACAUCUCAUUCAUUACAAACUUCCUGUGACCUGUGGGGUGUAUGCAAAAUGCAGUUUUAUAUCUAUUUUUACCUUUGAGUGUGGGGGAUUUCACAGCAUUUCAUGUAGAGCUGUUGUUAUCGACCUGCAAAGUAUGAGCAGAAAUGUUGAAAGUGCUUUUUGUUCAGUUCCAGCAAUUGACCAAAAAGGUUUGUUUUUUCAAAUGACUCAAUCAAUGUUGAACCUGAGCUUGUUUCUAUUCUGAUAUUCUGAACACCACCCAACAAACACUGAAAACUUCCCUUUAACAUCUUUACCAAACCCCUUUUACAUUUGUCCCUUUUUUUUUUCUUCCAUUUUCCAUGUUUUGUUGUGUGAACACACAUUAGAUGUUUAUCAACCCGAGAACUCUGUACAUCUCAAGUCAAUUUGUUAGUAUGGAAAUUUUGUAAACCAGAUUUUUGCAGUUCGGUAUGUAUAUCUUAAUUAAAUAAUGAAAAAAAUGAUGUGACUGGUGGUUUCAUUGGGAAAUAGAAGACUGGAAGGAAUUAAAAAAUUUUCAUGGUAAA